ACAUUACCCAGCAUUCACAAGUCCUCACGUAGAGUUGACGUGUAUUUUGUUGGUGUUCUGAAAACUUCCCUUCUGCAUCACUCAGUUGUGAAACCGGACAUCAUUUAGCCCAGUAUCAGAUACAUUUUAGGAGUUGAUUGGCUUCGGAACCUGGUCUGAUAAUGUCCGGAGAAAUAUCCAUGAUUGGUUCGGUGAUUCUGGCCUUGUUCCUGGCUGGGUAUCUGGGCCAGCAGUAUUUACCACCCCCAAAACCGAAAGUGAUCGGCCUGGACCUCGGGACCACUUUCUGUUCCGUCGGGGUCUUCCUGCCGGGCAGCGGGGAGGUAGAGAUCAUCAGAGACCAGGAGGGACGGAAGAGCAUCCCGAGCGCCGUCUCUUUCACCACCACAGAGGUUCUGGUGGGACACAAAGCCGUGGACCUGGCGGACAGCAACCCACAGAACACCAUCUAUGACGCCAAGAGGUUCAUAGGAAAAACAUUUGAGUCCGAGGUCCUGAAGGAGGAGAGUGCUCGCUAUCCAUUUAAGGUGAUGAACAACAAUGGAAGUGCAGAGUUUGAGAUCUUCACCAACCACACCUUCACUGUGACACCAGAGUUCAUCGGCUCCAGGCUGCUCCUGAAGAUGAAAAAGAUGGCAGAGAGGCAGCUCAAUGUGCCCAUCCAAAAAGCUGUUAUCUCUGUGCCUGCAGAGUUUGACGAGAGACAAAGGAACUACACGGUCAGGGCUGCCAACCUCGCUGGUCUGGAGAUCCUGCGUGUGAUCAAUGAGCCCACAGCAGCAGCGAUGGCCUACGGCCUGCACAAGGUGGACGUGUUCAACGUGCUGGUGGUCGACCUUGGGGGAGGGACCCUGGAUGUUUCUCUGCUCAACAAACAGGGAGGCAUGUUUCUCACCAGAGCCAUGGCAGGCAACAACAAGCUGGGAGGUCAAGACUUCAGCCAGAGGUUGCUCCAAUACACCACAGAGCAAGUCCAGCAGGACUUUGGUGUCCCACUGACCCUGAAAGAGGACCUUCACCGUCUGAGACAGGCUGUGGAAGCAGCCAAGCUGAACCUCACCCUCCAGCACAGCACCACCAUCAGGCUGCCCCUGCACCUCCACAGCUCUGAGUCGUCUGAGGGAUCUGCUCCUGCUCCGGUCCUCUUCCAGUCUGUGAUCACUCGCAAGCUGUUCGAAGACCUCAAUGAGGAUCUUUUCCAGAAAAUCCUGGCUCCUGUUAAGACCGUGUUGACUGAGGGCCACCUGGAGAAGCAGGAAGUAGAUGAGAUUGUUCUGGUUGGAGGGUCCACCAGGAUACCCCGAAUCAGACGGCUGAUCAGUGAGUUCUUUGGGAAGGAGCCUAACACAUCAGUAGACCCUGACCUGGCUGUGGUUACAGGGGUGGCCAUUCAGGCUGGCAUCAUGGGGGGCUCCUGGCCUUUACAAGUCAGCGCUAUAGAAAUCCCCAACAGGCACCUGCGCAAGACGAACUUCAGCUAAUCUGUACUCAGUUAUUUAUUCCAAAGAAAGAGAGGCCACAGAGACUGACUGUUUCAUACUCAUCAUACUCAUCAUUUAAAACCCAAGGUACUUCUGUUGUUGAAGCAUUGCCGUGUGUGUGUGUGGGGAGAUUGAAGCAAAACAACAUGUGACUGUUUUGCAUGUGUGACUCCUCUUCAACUUGUGUUAACUGAAACCAUCUGUAGAAGAGAACAAACCUGUUUUAAAAGUAAAAGCUGAUCAUGCUGCACACGAGGCUUCAGAAGGAAAGAACACAACGAGACACUGGUGGAAAGGGAAGUAGACCCCUCUCUCAUGUACCUACUGACACAUGGUAAAUGGACUUCAGCUUGUGGACAUCAGACAUGUGGCUGCAGGAGCUGGGAAUCGAACCCCCUGACCUUCCGGUUGAGAGACCACCGACUCUACCAAACUGAGCCACAGCUGCUGAGGCUUUAUUUCUGAAGCUUGUUCAUGGUAGAUCCUUUCAUGAUGUUCAAAUCAGGGAACAGACAUUCCUUCAAAGUACUUAACGACUUGCCAUUGCAGCCUCAUCUAUUUAUUUAUUUAUUUGUUCCCAUUUAAUCUGUGUGUGUGAGAGAAAGUGAGAGAGUGUAUUAGUGCAGGUCUUUUGCAGGCUUUUUAUGAAUUUUGACACAUCUUCAUCAGGGGUUAACGUAACUCAUUUAAAAAAGAUUCAGUGUAAUACUGACUACUUUCCUCAUGAUAAGGGUUGAAGGGUGAGGUGCAUUUUGUGAAAGCCUUACUGUUCAUGCUGUACUGUAAUAAUUCAAUCUAUAA